CAUGUCGGUGUGACGUCAGCGCGCGCCCUCGCUUGCCCUUGCAACCAGAACGACGCUCGCUGACCGCGUUGUGCCCAGAAUUGUUGUGCUGCUGUUGUUGUUGUUGUGCUGUUGUUGUUGCUGUUUGACAAUGGACGGGGGCUCGGGCAACAAGAACUUCGGCCUCUUCGGCGGCGGCGUCUCGGGCCCGCCGGGAGAUUACCCGGCCCCCGAUGCCGGCAUCCAGCUGCCUCUGUCUGGAAUGAGCCCCCUCUCGCCCUACCUGAACGUGGACCCACGUUACCUCAUGCAGGACCAGGAUGAGUUCAUCCUUCCCACGGGCGCCAACAAGCAGCGUGGCCGCUUUGAGCUCGCCUUCUUCACCAUCGGCAGCGCCUGCCUCACCGGCGCCUCGUUUGGAGCUCUGAAUGGUCUGAGGCUUGGCUUUAAAGAAACGCACGGCAUGAAAUGGGCAAAGCCAAGAAAUGUCCAGAUCCUCAACAUGGUCACGCGCCAGGGUGCUGUUUGGGCCAACACACUGGGCUCCGUGGCCCUGAUGUACAGUGCUUUUGGGGUGGCGAUCGAGUACGGGAGAGGAGCGGAGGAUGACCUCAACACGAUGGUGGCUGGAUCGCUCACGGGCAUGCUUUACAAGUCCACCAGUGGGCUCAGAGGUGUUGCGAAAGGUGGAGUGGCUGGGUUAACCCUGUCUGGUCUCUAUGCCCUCUACAACAACUGGGACCGGAUAAAGAGCUCCAUGCGGAGACAAUCCAUCUGACUCCGACACGCACAUCUUGUGUACAUACGCAAAAGCACCAAGGCUGUCGAUUAUUUAACAAUGUUUGUCUUGUGCUGGAAGAUGUUUUUUUUUUAUUUUCUCCCCUUGGCAUUGGGACAAGUUUCGAUUUUGUAUAACCUCAUCUGUUUGCAAACUAUAAGUGAUGGUCAACUUAACCUCUAAUCACAAUUACAUUCUCCCCCCCCUCCAAUAUUUUGAAUGUUUGUAGAGUUAAUUGGCCAAAACAAAAUGUCUCCAUGUAAAGGAAGUGUCAUUGUAAAAUAAAACAGAGGUACACGACAAA